CCCACACCGCGGGGCAACGAGCCCCCGGGACCCCUUGAAACCACCCCCCUGACAGCCAGCACCAUGGAGUCGGUGGCUCUCUACAGCUUCCAGGCGACAGAAAAGGAUGAGCUGCCCUUUCACAAAGGGGACACCCUGAAGAUCCUCAAUAUGGAAGAUGACCAGAACUGGUACAAGGCUGAGCUGUACGGCUGUGAAGGCUUCGUCCCCAAAAACUACAUCAAGGUCAAGCCACACCCGUGGUACGCGGGCAGGAUCUCCCGGCAUCUGGCAGAGGAGCAGCUCCUCAAACGCAAGCACCUGGGAGCCUUCCUGAUCCGCGACAGCGAGAGCGCCCCGGGGGAAUUCUCCAUCUCUGUCAACUACGGGCAGCACGUCCAGCACUUCAAGGUGCUCAGGGAGAGAAAUGGCAAAUAUUUCCUCUGGGAGGAAAAGUUCAACUCCCUCAACGAGCUGGUGGAUUUCUACAGGACAACCACCAUCGCCAAAAAGCACCAGAUCUUCCUCUGGGAUGAGGAUCAGACCCAGGAGGUACCAUCAGGGGCCAAAUUUGUGCAAGCCCAGUUUGACUUCUCGGCCCAUGAUGGUUCCCACCUGACCUUCCUCCGUGGGGACAUCAUUGAGGUCCUGGACUGCCCCGAUCCCAACUGGUGGCAGGGGAAGAUCUACGGGCGCGUCGGCCUCUUCCCCCGCAACUACGUCCAUCCCAUCCGCAAGUGAGCUUCCACCAGCACUGCGGGGAGGACCGCGGCCCCUGCUGCCCCCCAGUCUCUCCCGGAGCUGCUUUGUGCCUGCACGUGGACUGCACGUCCCUCUGUCCCCACGGACGGUGCCUGUCCCCAUGCCGGGCUGCUGACACGCACAGUCCCAACGUGGGCCAUGCUGGAGGUAGAAGCCAGGUUGGUGGUGAUCCCCAUCCAGGGGCUGCCUGGCUCCGGCACCCCAAAACAUCAGCGACAGCUCCCCCGACCCAGGAAACCUCCACCUCCACCAGCCCAGGCAUGGCCUCUGGCUGCAGGCUAGCAGCAGUGCUCCCAAGGGAGGGAGCACAGAGCCUUCAACCAGAGCCAGAAAAACUUUUCCAGAGCCACAACCCCGCAGGGUGACAGUAACAGAGAGGACGAGCAUGUGCACCCCAAACCAGAGCCUGGAAGCAAAGCCCCGGCUCCGAGGGGUGCUGCAGGCAGCCAGGAUGUAGCCGGGCUCGGUAACUCCACAGAGGGGGUGUUGGGGCUCAGGGCGCUGGGGGAAGGCUGGUCCAUCAGGAUUUUAGUCCUGCAGGUGCUGUUCACAGCUGCAAAUUGUGGCUUUUAUAUUAUUUUUUUAUUUAGAGCUAGUAAAAUGUG